GAGGUCCAGUCAGUCCAAGCUAGUCAGUCGACCGAGCGACACAGGUGGUGACGGUCGAUCGUCGAGUUCCAUCCCUAUCGACCUUAUAUUUUCGAAGCCGAGCGAAAAAGCGUUUCGCCGAGGGUAGUCAAGGCAACCGAGAGCCAGUGAUCAUGCGUGCGUAGGGGACGAUGCCGCGAAAACUCUCGCUUCAAACAACCCUAAGACGACGAUCAAUGCGCAUCUCGAUCAAGUCGCAUCCCCGUCGACGCGUCGCGCUUUCGAUCGCGAGGAAAAAAGGGAUCUCGGCUAAUCUCGUUCAUUAUCGUCGACCUAUCAGCAUCCUCAUCCAAGGACACGCUGUCUCUGUUGGAAAUAAUCUCCUGGCGUGAUCAGGAAGUGGGAAGGAAACGAGAAAAGCUUCUCCGGGAGAUCUCUACUCUCGUCUAAUUUAGCGAAAACAAACGUCCUUACAGAAAUUAUCGACGAUAGAGUCUAAAUACGAACUUGACACGAAGAAUUCAAAGAGCUAAUCCCGCGAAGCAACAAUUUUAUUGCGCGAAAAAUAAAUCGAGAUAAAAUCAUUCGGUAAUUAGUCGCGGAAAGAAUUGCUCGAUUACAUUUAAGUUCGAAGAGGAACGUUAAUUAUAAUCCGUGUCAAGAUUGUGCGCUAGUAAGUGUGAUAAGUGUUCGCAACGAAUCGACGAGUGUCUGCGAAAUAAACAUUUGACAACGAGUAAAAUAAUCAAGUCGUCCAAUCAAAAUUAAGUGCAAAAAAACGAGAAAAAAUGAAGCUUGGGCAAUCACAGCCGACCAAUCCCGUUAAUGAGCGCUUAAUGAGCACCGCGUGAAAAUACGGAAGAAAGGACGCCUCUCGAAAUGAAGAUAGGAGAUAAUAUGACCAUGGAAGCUUGCAAUGUAUGGAGCGACGUGACGCCACGAAAAUAUCGGCCACCGCGAAUCGGUGACAUUCCAAAACACGGUGCGGUCGAUCGUCCUUCUCCUUCAGACUCGCUCCCUUAUAUCUCAAGGCAAACGAAGAUUACGCCCUGCGACUCCGAAAUAUCGACGGAUGUGCCUGGUUCGUCGAAAGUGCCGUCAAGUCCGGAAUAUAUCCAGGAAGUACGCAAAGACAGCGCAUUGUACCUCGAAGAAGUGGAGGAAACCCCGAAGCCGACUUUGGAGCCGACUUCCACGGAUGUCCGAAGACAAAGCAGCGGCUACGUGAGCCCUCGAGGUAGCUUCGACGAUAUUAGAAGAAGCUCUACGAGCGGUGACACGCAGCCGCAGGAUCUAUUGUCAACGGAGAGACGUGUAUCGAGAACGAAAGCCUUGACUAAGAACCUUGCUUAUAGGGUAGAAGAGAGCAUUGAGGAGCACGAGCUGACCCCAGAUACACCGGAGAAGAGAAUGCCGACGACAGAAUUACACAGAAAGGUGUCGAGCUCCGGUCUCGACAUGCCCAGCAUCAAGGAGAUGAAGGAGGUCCUCAAGGAAAGACUCUGCUUCAACAGGAAAGCCCCGAGGGCAACGAAUUAACAGAAGACGUCGGUAACAAAAUUGAUUUUUAAUAUCGUUAAUAUCUGUUUAGCCAAAUUGCAAGUGACGUCGCACAAGGAUCUUUCGCAUGAAAGCGGCGAAAGUAUGCGAGAGAUGGAUGAGGCAGCAAGAAUCGGCACAACUAUCGGAUUGAGCGACUCAAGUUUGAAGAGUGCUCCAAACACAAAUGUGGCAACUGCUAUUGCCACAGAUAGUCAAAUAGUAGAUACGAGAAAAUUGUCCUUGCCCGGUGAAGCACGACCGAGCCAACGAUUGCUCGGGGAAACUGUCAAUGUCACCGACAAAUCCGUUCCUCCUCGCUACCCUUACAGCAGUCCUCAAGGAUCGCCCAGGAUGCGCAACAGAGCACUCAAUAGAGAGCACUCCGUUGGAGCCACCACGUGCAGCUUCAUCGAUAACCAGCACGACAGCCAACAAUUGAAUCAAUAUAAAGUGCUGGAUGAGGUCGGAAAGGGCUCUUUCGGUGUCGUGAAGAAGGUUUACAAUGAAGACGACGGAGUGCAUUACGCAAUGAAGAUACUUAGCAAGAGGAAAUUAAUGAAGAAGACGGGGAUAUUUGGUAGGAUACCUCCGCGUAGGGCAGGUGCCGAUCCCUUGGCGAAAGUUUACAAGGAGAUCGCCAUCCUAAAAAAACUCGAUCACCCUAAUGUCGUGAAAUUGGUCGAAGUACUCGACCAUCCUGACAAGGACAAUCUCUACUUGGUCUUCGAACUGGUGCAUAGGGGCGAGAUUCUCGUUAUACCUACCGAAAAUCCUCUGACAGAGGAAACGGCCAGGCGAUACUUUCGCGACGUCGUUAUAGGAGUCGAAUAUUUGCAUUACCAGAAGAUAGUGCAUCGUGACAUAAAGCCAAGCAAUCUACUGGUGGACAGAGACGAUAGAAUUAAAAUUGCUGAUUUAGGAGUCAGCACGGAAUUAAGAGAACCUGGAGAAUUAUUGUCAGGGAAAGCUGGAACGCCGGCCUUCGCGGCGCCAGAAGUAUCUAUUACUAACGCACAAUACUCAGGACCACCCUGCGAUGUAUGGUCAAUGGGAGUAACGUUAUUCGCACUUGUGGCCGGACAUUUGCCUUGGAACGAUUCUGAUGGCAGAGCCAUUCACGAAAUUGUUCGUCAGGAACCACUCGUAUUUCCUUCGCGUCGCAUGUCUCUGGAUAUGCGUAAUUUGAUUGGGCGGAUGCUGGAUAAGAUGCCGGAAAACAGAAUCACAAUCUCGGAGAUGAAGCAACACUCCUGGCUGACUAAUAACGCAACCGAACCACUGCCGAGCGAGGCUGACAAUUGUCGCGUACCAGUCACUGUCACCGAGGAAGAAGUCAUCAGACUCGGCACCCUGCUUAUGGUUAAGAAUAUGCUGAAACAGCACAGUUUCCAGAAUCCAUUCUUGCCAAAGCGACGAAUGGCAAACAACGCGCAAUCGCCAGCGAGCGGACAAGAAAGUGGUGCAACUUCAUCAGCGCAACGCGAUGCGAUGAGGGAAGCGAAAACGGAACGUUUUCACGAGUCCGGAAGAAGCAAUUCCGCACCGGACUCCUAUGAUUGGCACACAAGCGGCAGACAAGUAUCGCUGGAAAAUCCCUUGUCGCCAGUGACAGAAACCGAGAGAAGGUAGUGGCAUCACCAAUAGAAGUAGCAUUAUAUAAGGAAAUAUAAGGAAAUACAUACCGAUCUUUAGAUGACAGAUUAACGUCAAACGGAAAUGAUCAUUGAUCGCAAUCGCAACGUUAUAAGGCGAAUUUGUCAAACGAACCAACGAAAAAUUAAUCUUCCAGAGAAAUAUCGUUAUCGAUUUUUAUUUUCAUUGCUUUUAUCGUUGAAACCGCAGAACCUUCAAUUUUGCAAGUAAAAGCUCCGUGAGUUAUUUACGUUGCGGUACGCGGAAAUUCCAAACCGGCGAAAAAGCUGAUCGGAGAUAUAUUGUUGGAAAUGUUUCCCGCUAGAUUCCAAAAUUUUUAUAUUAAUAAAAAUUCAAUGUUGCGGUUGAAUGUACUACAUUAUAACAAUGAUAGUCAGCGAUUAUAUCUCUGAUUGUUAUUGAUUGAUAUAUAAGAAUGAUAACGUGAUUUAAAUAUAAUUAAUGAUCGCACAUAAAUAGCUCAUCGUAUAACUCUUAAAAACGUAAGAGUUACAACUAUUAUUACAAUAUAUUUAUGUGUAUUUUGCUAUUAAUCGUUAAUAUUGUCUAUAUAAUGAAAUCUGGCAAAUUUACUGGCACUACAACGUGUAGUGCCAUUAAAUGAUCGAUUAUUAUAUUGCUCCUUUUUUUAUUGCUUUUUAUUUGUAACGCAAUACAUUGAAUAACCAAUUUUUAUAUAAAAAAGAAACUUGUAUAAAUAAUAAAAAUUAAUA